GCCAUCGGCACAGUUUGCAGAUCAUUCAUCCCGAAACGAAAAAGAAUAUUCUCGGAGAGCUGGAUAAGUCAAUGGGUUUAACAUGAGCACCUGCCGUAAUGGCUUAAUCUCACGGUGCCGAGCACUGGAAUUAAUUUAAGCGUCAAUUACCGCCCCAUUGGAUCAAAUAUUCCGCAGGUACCAAUUUGAAGUCAUUUCUGUUUGGUCGUGAACUUCCACCUAGGUUUGGAGUGCCGCCUAUCUAAAACAACUUCCGAUCUAUGGGUCACGGCACCCUGUUGUAACAUACGCAACAUCAUGCCGAGUCUAAACCUCUACCCGCAUUUGGGUGUCAAACCAUAGCCACCACGAUACUCCCCGAAGGGCCGCAACCAAAAACCAGGACGGAACUGAGUUCCGCGGGCUCCUGAUUACCAGUGGUACCGGAAACAAGCCUCCGGUCAGGCCUCGUACCCGUAGGGUACUCCCAAUUUAAACUCCAAACAGUUAGGGGUUGGUGGCCCCGGUGUUAUCGAUAUAUAGAGCAGGAGCAACAAGCAGGCGCUGUUGUUGGAACAACUGUAACUACGACAACAGCCGCCGUUGUCCAACCAAACCCAGAUGUCCCAAUCUGCAUUUCCCAGCCAGAUGCUGCUGGCAUCUGCCUAACGAAUAACAUGCUAACUCAAGGCCCGGACUCAAGAGCCAGUGCCCAGUUCAAAUUAGUUGUAUCGAGAUCAAAUUCCCGCUCACCGGCCAGAUAUUAUAAUGGGUCAGACCCCAGUGGUCUCAGCGAUGUCGGAUGCCCCAUCUGUAGAAAUAUUGCCGACGCCCCAAAAGACCAAGAGUAAAAAAAUCCCUAUAGUCUCUCCAAAAGAUAUCUCUGAUUCAUCUACAGCUUUUUCAUCUGUCAAAUUGGAUGAUGCAGAAGCAGCGAAAACAAACGUUAAAGCGACUGUCGAGAUUAAUCAACAGAUACAAACGGACUCUGUGCUACAGCAAAAGAAUCAGUUAAACUUGGCACAUCCACAAGCGAUACAGCUACAGUCACAGAUACACAUAGAUCAGCAACAUUCUCAGUACCUGGCGCAUGUGGCAACUCCAACGUCUGAAUUUGAGCACGCUGUGGAUGACGCUUCUGUGUCAUCGUCGCAGAGCGAACUAUUCACAAAUUGUCCACUGCCUAAUAUCGAGGCUAAGCCAGAGACAACCGUAGAUAUUGCAAGGGUGGCAACAGCAGCCCAAACCCAAGCCAAUAUAGAAGUCUCAUCUGAAGGCGAAUCGACUGUCAUGCAAAUAGUGGAUCAAAGCAGCAAAAUUUAGGCAUCAGAGUCACCUGCUGCUGUUGCACUUACACCAACAGCACAUAGCACACACGAGAGCACCCCAGAUGAGACUGAUCAAGCCGGGAAUACACAAUUCAAUGAAGCGCCUAUAAGGGCCAAUGAUAAUGUUGAUAUCGGAGUAGACACAUCCAAGAACAGUAAACAACUACAAAUAACACAAUGGAACAGAACAGGAAAAAGAACAAGGGCUGGAGCUGGAGCUGGAGCUUAAGGAAUCAGUGGGAGAUGGAAAGGAGCCUAGAUCAAAGACAGUUGAACAAUAAACUGCCGCCUCACCACCAACUGCUGCCAUAGAAACGGAUCCGAUCUCAUCGCUGAUCAAUUACAACGAAGCAAAAGCAUCCCGCGUGCAGCCCGAGGUGAAGAACGUGGCGAUCUUGCCACAUCCGAAUCUGAUGCCAACAUUUAUGCGCAACAUCAACAACAAUAACAAUAAGCGUGUCCAGUCGAUGGUGGGCAUGAUUGAUAGUAAUCGCAACAGUGAUGCGUCCAGCAAUUUCGUGGGCAAACAGGUGUCCAUGUCCGGGGUGCAGGGCAGCGGCCGUAGCAGCAUGAAGGGCAUGAUCCAUUUGAAUCUAUCGCUAAUUUAAUUUAAUCCAUUUUUAGUUAAAUUAUAUAAAGUAAAUAUAAAACUGUGUUGCUCAUUUUUACAUUUAAUUUUAAAUUGAUUUAAUUUAAUCAAUUUUGCACUUUUUGUAUUACUUGUGUCAUCUGACUUUAUUUGUCAUAAUUAAAUAUGUAAAUAAAUAUAUUUAUAGUA